CCACAUCCUGAUCGUAGCAGACUGCAGUGGAAUGAACACCGGCAGGGACGGAGAAAUGGAAACGGUGGCCGGCGGGAUCCCCCUCCCCAUCCCCGAAGGCCCCUUCCUUGACGUUCUCUCGCGUCUCUCCAUCAAGGACCUCCACCGAUCCACAAGCUUGUCUAGAGAGUGGCGACUGGCGAGACGUCUUCAUCAACUUUCCAGAGAGCCGUAAGAAUCUCUCCCAAACCCUACAAGGGUUUUUCUACGUCGGCUGUGACUGCAGGAGCCACGACGAUAAGGUCGGCGGCGAUAAUAGAGACGGUGACGACGACGGAGACGGCGCCCGCGGCGAUGACGACGGUGGAAACGGCAGCGACUGGGACGAGGACGAGGACGAGGACAGCAGCCGCGAAGUGGGGCAUGGUCGUGACAGGGCAUGUUCCGGUAACUACGGUCUGCGUUUCUUUGACCUGUUGGCCAAAUCAAUGCCUGUCCCAGAAGACACGGACACAGAAUUUUCCUUCAUAGAGUUGCCGGACCACGUCGGCACCAUCGAUCUCUUGAGUUCAUGCAACGGGCUUCUCCUGUUCGGGUGCACAGAGGAGGGUUCAGAGAGCUACCACUCGCUGGGCUACGUCGUUUGCAACCCGGCCACCAAGCAGUGGGCGGCGGUGCCCAGCUCCGGCUGGGUUGUUAAGCAGGGAGAAGAGCGCGAGGAGGAGUUCGAGAGCACGUUCCUGUUCUUCGACCCGUCCGUGCCCUCGCGCUUCCUCCUGAUCCAGUUCUGGCACGACGAGGACGCCGCUCUCGACCUCGUCGGAGACAAAGGCGUGCACGUCUACUCCUCCGAGACCGGGGAAUGGAGCAACCGGUCGAGUGAGUGGAAGCAGUUCGCAAGGGGAGGUGAGUGGGGCGAUAGGUACGGAGUCAUGAUAACAUCCUGGUUGGGCAGUUCCUUCCUGAACGGCAUGCUGCAUUUCUUCGUCCAACGGAUGUGUGAAGGCGACGUGCUCGUGGUCGCCAUUGACGGGGAAGGGAGCGUACGCAGGACCAUCCGCUGGCCACUGCACAUGUUUAGCCAGCCUGUUUUUAUCGGCCAGUCGCAAGGGCGCCUGCGUUGCGUCAGUGAGCGUCGUGGACUACGACGACGACAGGAUGAAGCCCAGAGUCACAGAGUAACACCGUCGUACAUUGACAUUGACGUCCUUCCGGAGGACCACGACGAGCCUGAGGAGUCGCAGAUAACGAUGUUCGCCAUCAGGGCCGAUGACUACGAAGUGGUCGCCGUUCAUCCGCAUGGGGAUUUGGUCUACUUCGUCCACCGCGGGAACGGGGAUCUCAUAGAGUACGACAUGGGUGGCAGCUACCCAGAGGAUGAACAGGUUUUGCGCCUCUGCAAUCUCGGGCACAAUUUCAGAGCUGUAACUCCCUACGUCCCCUGUUUCUCCAUGUCGUCUGCACUCCACACAAACGAGGAAUUAUUUGAUGUCUAGUUCUGCUGUAACUUAUUAUAUUAUGUGGUGCGUGCAUUCUAUAGUUCUGCUGUUGCUUGGAUUUGGAUGUAUCAUGUCCCUUUCCUUCAAUUCUGGAUCUGAUGGCUCUGUUCAAUCAGACAGUUGACGCCUGU